AUGGAUAGCUCUGAAUCAAAAAGGAUAAAUAAAAAGAAGAUACUGCAGUUGUUUUCCCCUUUCUGCUCUUGUGCCCGAGAACCAAGUCAAGUCAAACAGGAAUCUCCCGAAGUGGGAAAGAAUCUUUGGAAAGCUAACCGCGCGUCCAGAGAGGAGAACAACAUUUUCAGGGAGGACAACAAGUCCCUCUGGAGAGAAAACAAAGCUCUCAGAGGGGAGAGCAAAGCCUUUCGAAGGGACAACAAGUUAAUCCGGGAGAGGAACCAGCUCCUGCAGGAGGAAAACCAGGUACUCUGGGAGCUUAAAAAGACCUCUCUGGAGAAACAGAAAUCAUCUAGAGAAAAUGUCAAGGCCUUGAACACUCAGAGAAAAUCAAGUCGGCAACAGAAACGAGCCCGUGAGGCCCAGCUCAAGGCCCUCAAGCAGCAGGAGAUCGCCUUCCAGAACGAGGCCAAAGCUCUGGACGAAGAAAUGAGGUCUCUGAACCAGGAGAUCAGGGCCCUGCACCACCAGAAGAAAGCCAUCAACAUGGAGGAACAGGCCCUGGUGAAGGAGGGGAUUGCACUUGGGAAGGAGGAAGAGGCCCUGUGGAAGGAGGAGCGGGCCCUGCGAAAGGAGAACAAGGCUCUGAGAGAAGAGCACAGCGCUCUUGAGGAGGAGGAGAGAGCCCUGCAGGAGGAGGCCCUACUCCUUCAGUCGUGGUACAACUUUCUUCAGAAAAGUGAGCUCAACAGCACAACAAUGAAAUAG